ACGUCUCCAAGGUGCGAUACACAAUUACCAUAUAAUAUGCAUUCAAGUCGUCAUGGCGCUUCUCACUCAGCCGGAAUGAAACAUUACUUCCGUUAAAACGUAUUGUCAAAUAUUAUUUAAUUCUAAUAUUUUAAAGGUUUAUUUGUAGUAGUGGUUUAAAGGAAUUAUGGCCGCAGCGGCCAAGACUAACCAGCCACCCACGGGACGUGCGGUAGCUAAUUGUAAUUUUGUAGCACAAGAUCAGAUUUGGAAAGACCAUGUUCACCAUGAAAUGACAGCCUCCAAAACGUGGCCGAAUAGCUGGGGUUUCUUAACGACACCAUACGGAGAACUUGUAAAAGAUGACAUUCCCAAGAAAGAGAAAAGAGAACCAGUAGAUGUUUUACAAAUCCGACCUGUUACCCCUAUAGAGGAAUAUAUCAAGGUGGAACCAUCACCACAUCCGUUUCCCAAGACAACAUCACAAACAGUUGGAUGGCGAUCCACAUCUAAAAUACAUGCGCUAGAAAAAUAUGGCAAAUAUGCAAAACCGAAAGGAGGACUUGUUAGACAGCUCAACUGGCCAACAGAGGCAAUUGAUUAAUUCUAAACGGUGCUAUUUGUUAAUUAUUUUUAUGUAAAUUUUUAUUCACAAGUCUUUUGAAAGAGUAAUUUAUGUUUAAAAUCAGUAUUACAUGUCUGUUUUGAAGGCACUAGUCUGAUUUUGUUUAAGACAGACGUGGUUGUAAUUUUUUUUAUUGAAUCCUGUGCUUAAUUGUUUUCAGUUUUACCACGUGGAAUAUUUUUCCUCGAAAUCUGAUACAAACCAUCUAAGCAGACCAAGAAAAAGGUGCAUAAAUCUGAAUUUCUGCUGUUAUACCAUGCAAUUGCUAAUUAACAGUUCGACAUGUUGCUGUGAAUAUUGUUAUACAAUGUGCAAUAAUUUUGUAAACAUGUAAGAAAUGCAUUUUUAGAAUUAUAUUUUUGUAAUUAUUAAUACUUUCUAAUAUAUACUUAUGUAAGGAGUAAUAUUACAUAAUUUCUGCUCAAUAUUUGUAUAUUUCCACUAACAGUAUUGGAUCUAUAGUCAGUAUUUUACUUUGUAAGGCAUUUUAGAUAUGAUGUUUCAGUUAUGCACAUUAUUGAUUCGUUGGUAAUAAAGUAUGAUGAUCAA